AUGAGCCUAGCCAUAUCUGCAGAAGCAGAGCGAAGUAAUAAGUUCAAUCUUGCCAGCAAGGGGAAAUCUGUAAAGGUGUCCGCUAUCAAAAAUGCAGCUGAAUCAAAUACAAAGAAAGAGCUACAGAAGGACCAGCAGGUUCUAGCUACACUAAAAGCUGUGCAAGCAGAGUUGGCUACCAUGAAGGCAGAAGUUAAAAACCUGCGUGAAGCAGCAAGCAACCAGAAGUCAGACCCUAUGAUGCCUAGUCAUGCUGGAAAUGGAGUGACAACUGGAGCAAGGCCACUUGGUUGCCAAGAGUGUAGGAGGAAGAGGGAAGGUGACCGAUGCCCACAUUGCUACCUCUGUGGUGGCUUGUACCAUAUUGCACGCUACUGUCAGUCAAGGUCCAGAAAUUAUCCAGGAAACGCACCCAGGCUACCCCCGCGGGACAGGGAGUAGCCUCGCCAGAAAAAGAGAGGUCCCACCAGUGUAGUGGUUGCCUGAAGUUUGAUCGUCACACACAAUUAUUACAGUGUUCAGGGUGCCAGUCUGUUCGGUAUUGUUCUGUUCGUUGUCAGAAGGCCCAUUGGCCAAAACACAAAGUGUUGUGCAAAGCAAUCAAGGAACUCUCUGAGAGAGGAUCUUUUAAAGAAAAGGGAUUAGGAGAUGCCCAAGAUAGUGGUGUGUAUGCUAGCCACAUUUCACCCAGACAACAGGAGCGCAUAGCCAAACUGGUGGGAAAGAAGUGUUCAGUGAAGUGCUACCUGGACGAGAAGCCUACAGAAGCUUUAUGGGACACAGGGGCCCAAGUAUCAAUUGUUUCAGCAGACUUUCUGAAGAGCCAACUACCAGCGGUCCAAAUAAGGGAUAUUGAACAGUUACUUGGCACAGACGGAUCCAUAAACUUGCAAGCAGCAAAUGGAACAGAUAUUCCUUACUGUGGUUGGGCAGAGAUUAGUGUACGAUUAGCAAAUGAAAAGGAGACGGAAGUAAGAGUUCCAUUCUUAAUAACAAGGGAGAACAUUGACCAACCUAUCAUUGGUUUUAAUGUUAUAGAACUAAUGGUCAGGAACACUGAAGAGGAAAAUGAUGAUGUUCUGCUUAACGGGAUGUCGAAAAGCUUUAAACUGAGCAAAAGCGGUGACACACAAGUGUUGAUCAGCCUUAUCCGUACUUCUAAUUCUGAUGAACUUUGUCAAGUUAAAUCUUCAAAGAAGCCACAGAUUGUCCCUGCGGGGCAGACUGUUCACCUGUGUCGUGCUAAC